GAGAGGAACAAACGCACAAUGGGUCUUCAUUGCAUUAUAGAAUUUAGAUGGAAGGGUGGAUGGGGGUGGACGGAAGUGUCCACGAAUUGGGUUUGACCUUUAUGCGGGAUUCACACGCUUCAAAUUCCUCCACUUGUCUUCUUCUCCUCCUUCUUCCUGCCCCAAACCCUUUCCUUUCUUCCAUAAAUCUCCUCUCCAUCUUCCAUAAAUUCUUGGCAUACCCAGUUUCCUCUUUGCAAGUUCCAUACUUUUUUUCCGGGGAAAUCCAAGUCUUGAGGUAGGCUGCCUUUCCUUCCUCUUGGAGAAAUCGGAAUUCAAUUGGGUUACUGAAUCAGGGAGCUCUGAUUUGGUGCUGAAGCUGUUGAGGCACUGAAGUUGAAGAAAGUUCAGGUUUUGUUUUCUUGAUUUCUCUGUGUUUUGGAUCAGAGAAGAGCAGAUCUUGACUGAGUCUUGCCUUUGUCUAUUUAGAGAAACAUUGACAUUGAAGCUUUGAUUUUUUUAGGAUUGAAGCUUGCGCUCCGGGUUUCUAUCUUUUCUAGGCAGAAAGUUCAGGAUUUUGUUAUUUUUGACCAAUAUUUGGUUCAGUUUUGGGACAAGUUUUCUGGAACUGUUGCUUUGAGUUAUGGGGAAUUGUUGUGUGAGGCCCGCUUUUGAAUCAGAAAACAAAAAGGUCAAACACAAAUCAAACCCUUUUGCAACUGAACAUGGUGGAAACCCUAAAUCUGUAAAUGGUGGGCACAAGUCCUAUGUGUUGGAGAACCCAACAGGCCAUGAAAUUGAGCAGAGUUAUGAACUCGGUCGCGAGCUCGGCCGGGGUGAAUUUGGGAUUACAUAUUUGUGUACUGAUAAAUCUUCAGGGGAUGUGUUUGCUUGUAAGUCCAUAUCCAAGAAGAAGCUAAGGACUAGAGUGGAUAUUGAUGAUGUGAAGAGGGAGGUUGAGAUCAUGAAGCGUUUGCCUCCCCAUCCUAAUAUUGUGAGCUUGAAAGACACUUAUGAAGAUGACAAUGCAGUCCACUUGGUGAUGGAGCUCUGCGAGGGUGGUGAAUUGUUUGAUAGGAUUGUCGCGAGGGGGCAUUACACAGAGAGGGCAGCUGCAGUGGUGACUCGAACGAUUGUUGAAGUCAUUCAGAUGUGUCAUAAGCAUGGAGUUAUGCAUCGGGAUCUAAAACCUGAGAACUUUCUGUUUGCAAACAAGAAGGAACAAUCACCCUUGAAAGCAAUUGAUUUUGGGCUGUCAGUCUUCUUUAAGCCUGGCGAGAGAUUUAACGAGAUUGUAGGAAGUCCUUACUACAUGGCUCCUGAGGUGCUGAAACGAAACUAUGGUCCAGAAGUAGAUGUCUGGAGUGCUGGAGUAAUCCUUUACAUCUUACUCUGUGGUGUCCCACCCUUUUGGGCAGAGACUGAACAAGGUGUUGCCCAAGCAAUCAUUCGGUCCGUUGUAGAUUUUAAGAGGGACCCUUGGCCCAAAGUUUCUGACAAUGCAAAAGAUCUCGUGAAGAAGAUGCUUGACCCUGAUCCUAAGCGGCGGCUUACUGCUCAGCAAGUCUUGGAUAAUCCUUGGUUACAAAAUGCCAACAAGGCUCCAAAUGUUUCUUUAGGUGAAUCUGUGAGAGCCAGGCUCAAGCAAUUUUCUGUGAUGAACAAGCUUAAGAAAAGAGCUCUAAAGGUGAUUGCUGAGCAUUUGUCAGUGGAGGAAGUGGCUGGCCUAAAACAGGGAUUCCAACUGAUGGAUACUAGCAACAGAGGGAAGAUCAACAUUGAUGAGCUAAGGGCAGGGGUGCUGAAGCUUGGGCAUCAGGUCCCUGAGUCGGACCUCCAGAUUCUUAUGGAAGCUGGUGACGUGGAUAAGGAUGGACAUUUGAACUACGGAGAGUUUGUAGCUAUUUCUGUUCACCUCAGGAAGAUGGGUACCGAUGAUCACCUCCACAAAGCCUUUGAUUUCUUUGAUCAAAACCAAACUGGGUUUAUAGAGAUUGAAGAACUAAGGGAUGCCUUAGCUGAUGAAGUUGAGACCAACAAUGAAGAAGUCAUUAAUGCCAUCAUGCAGGACGUGGACACGGACAAGGAUGGGCGUAUAAGUUAUGACGAGUUUGCCACAAUGAUGAAGGCCGGCACAGAUUGGAGAAAAGCUUCGAGGCAGUACUCACGAGAGCGGUACAACAAUCUCAGCUUGAACCUGAUGAGGGACGGGUCGCUGCAGAUGGGUGGUGAGAGUAGAUAAUUUGCGAAAACACGACUACUACUGCUGAAAAGACAAAACUCUAAUUCGAGAAAAUCGCUUGAUUUUGUUGGCUCCCAAAAUUCUUUUUGUUUUUUCCCUCAUAUGCUGUUAAUUUCCUUCCACAUCUCUUCUCAAAAGUGUUCAUUGUCUUCCUUUAACUGUAACACAGUGGUUGGUGGUGUUCUGGAUAUAGCACUUAUAGAGUACAGUGUGAAGGUGUGAUGGCAGGGAUGAUAGUUAUUUGUGAUUGUAAAUAACUUGGCAUUUGCCUUCAUUAAAUAGUUAUAUUUCAUGCUUACCAUUUGUUUCAA